AUGGUCAGCAAGAACUCAACAGGUUCAAUCUCAUCAUCACAGCCCAACAACAACAGCAAACAGAGAUCUAGAGAGGAUAAUGUACUGCACAAUCAAACAACAUCAUCCUCGGACACAGAAGCAAAACCUCAAACAAAAUCAACUUCGGAUUCUUACAAUAACGUUAUUCGUGGAGCGUUGAAAUUAAAGGGAAGAAUUUCAAAACCGACUAAAACACAGUCAUUCUCAAAACAACAUGCGAUGAAAGAAGAAUUAGAACAACGAAUAGAGAUUGAAAAAACAGAAGCAGAAGCUAGAUUUGAACAGAAAAUGAUGGAGACCAAAAAGAAAUUGAUCAAAGAAAAAGCUGAAAAGUCAUACCGAGAGAAAAUUAAUGAAUUCAAUGAGAAGAUUUCUAAAUUGAGUGAAUAUCACGAUAUUCCAAAGGUGUAA